UCGAGCAUCGGUACGGUGUCGAGAAGCUCAAAGAAGCCAAGUCAAGUCCAUGACGACUCGUCAAUUCGACAUCCUAGAUACGCCUCUUGCCGCUUUCAACUUCACCCACCCAGACCAUGAUCACAAGUUCGAACAUGUCCUCGAACGAGUCCAGUAUUACUCCCAAGAAGUGCUCGUACUCGUCUUUCCUCUCUCCGGGGGAGGCUACAGGUACCAGGACCCCCAUCACGCCAAGGAGAGCCGUCUCGGCGGCGGUAGAGAGGAGCUCGAGCUCGAUCUCUCCCGCAUUCCGCCGGGAAGCAUCAAUCGAUGUCAAACCUGAAAUGACCUUCCUUGAGAGGGCUCGAUCCAUGUGCGGCUCUCGAGCGGGAUCUGUCGCUUCUAGUCUAUCCCCCUCCGAUGCGAUUUCGCAUUCAGCUAGGGACAGCUCCACGAAGUCGUACAGCUUGAAGAGAGCUGGAACUGGUCCUUGGAAGUCUCGAGGUCGAAGCACUGCUGUAAGGUCUACACCAAGCGUCAGCGACGCUGGCGUUACUUGCUAUGCUCCGGACGACGAUGAAACCCUGGCUCCGCAGCCAGGCGGCAAGGAUCUACUGGCGAAUCCGCGCUCAACCCCCAGAUCAUCACGAGGUUCCACCAGGUCUGCCAUUGGAGUACCUACUCCCCAAAAGCCCCUAUUCGAGACUCAUGCUCGAGGCUUCGAACCGGCAGAGUUCCGCAUGAUUAGCAAUUCCCUGCUGGAUGUCUUGUUUAUGGACCCGGCGAACAGGGAGAAACUGGAACAAAUCCAGGAGAAGUAUCAUUUUGAAAGCAAGAUCGAAUUGCUCAACAUGAUGACCGAGACGGUUCAGCGAGCAGCGGAAACCAAGCUGGCCACUGCUAUCGAGGACCCGAGGAAGUCUUACAAGAAGAAGGUUGACAUCACCGUCUCCAAUUCGGCGGAUAACCCCUUCUGCGUUGACUAGUUUCCGCUCCUUGACCUUGCCUGUGUCUGUAAUCA